UCUGUACUGGACUGUUACAAAAGGAACCUGCCACUCUGUAUAUGGUGCUUUUUGGUGAAGCAGGUUGUUCAUUUAUUUUGUCUCAAUGACCGACAUGAGAAAGAUGGACAUUUACUUUGCUCUGUGCUCUUCUUUCAGUGUUCCUCUCUGGGUGGCGCCAUUACUGCUCGCAGCGUCCAGGCUGAAAGGUGACCCGGCCAGGCGGAGGAAAGCCUACCGCCUCAUCCAGCGGAGACUACUGCAUCACGGUGUUGGAUGCGGGAAGCUGCACAAACCCACGUACGUGUAUCCGGCUGAAGUGAAGCAGCUGAUCCGCGCCGCCUUCCCGGAGGAAAUCUGCGACUAUCACGACCCGCAGCAUCAAAAUGUGGUCGCUGUCACCAUGGAUGACCUGAGCGGCGUGAGCUCAGCUGAUCAGAGCUGUUACACAGACCAAGAGCAAAUCUGAUCAGCUGUUCUAUUGUGUGUGAAAUGUAAUGUUAAUGUUACAUUUGUUUUUGAUCAGUGCAAUCUUGUUUCCCCUGUGCAUGUUUUUCAAUAAAGUUUCAGGAAAGUUGAGUACAGUAUAUAUCCAGAUUUGAAGUGUGUUGAGUUGAUUUAUAAAACACUGGACCAUAGACCUAUAGUUUAAUAUACACCAGGGAUGAGUGAGUGCUGAUGGUGGCUUUAAUGCUCUGUGUAACUACAAGACCCAGAAUUCCUACCACCCCCACGCAGGAGCUGACCGGUGAGACGCCUCAGCUCAGGGUGAGUGUUAGCGGUUAGCUUACACCCGGUACCAAGGAGACAAACGUACACAAAUACCUCAACAACCACGAAAACACACAAGCAACAACUUAAUUCAGACCAUCAACAAGUUAUAUAACGACCUCAACAAAAUACGUGGAUAUUAAAGGAAAUUCCUGCAGGAGUUUGGAAACAUGCCUGAUGCAAAGUCUGACAUGGAGCGAGUUGGGCUCUUCAAGGAAAUGGGCUACAUCUCCAUAGGGGACAAAUACAAACCCGUUAUUUAUCGUCCAUUUAAUGAAGCUGCUUAUAAAAAUAAGCAGAUGUUGGUCAGUGGGCUGAAGAAGAAAUCAGCACUCCAGGCUGGCUACUUUGACGCUCGGUUCAAGCGGAUCUUUGAGAACGAGGCAUUGACGGACCUUAUCAAAAUCCAAAGGCAGUACCAGAUUCAGCAGGCAAAGAAGAACUUAGCAAAGGCGUUUUUGCCCAGCAGUGGGGAAAAGAAAUCCUCAGGUAUUGGCAGUUACUAUGGAACACUCGGGGGUCCUGUUAAGGCUAUGAGUCCCCUAGAGAUUCCCAAGAAGACAUACAAAUCCCCAGGCAAGAACAUAUACACCAGUCCACCCAAGAAAGGAAGUGGAUAUGGCUUUCCAGGUGUCACACUGUCCAAAUUGGAAUUGUAUUCUUCUGACUCCUAUGACCGAGUGAGAGAGCUGCUAAAGCGUGAAAUGGCAGCUCACAAAUCUCAGAUGAAAGGGGGGCCAUUUCUUUUGAACCUUCAUCCAACGGAAUGUUUCGAUAGCAAUCCUUACAAGCUAAAUAAACCUCUGCCACUUUCAAACAUGGCAGAGGGAAAAAAGACACACUUCGCUGUGCCUUUCAAACCAUCAUCUCCUAGCAAAAGGAUUGGAGGAAUGAAAGCAGGCACAUUCGAUCCAUACCCAUCCCAUUCCACAGACCCCUACAUCAUUAAGAAGCCGAAAUCAGAUUCUCUGAGCACAAAUAAGGGGGUCUUUCGCCCAUCGCCCGGCCCAAAGAGCACUCCAGUGAAGAGCAUUAUCUCUCUCAAUGUGAACAGGUUUGUGAACGCCACCAACUACAAUCAAGUCCCCUCUGUAAUGGCAUAUUAA